AUGCGCCUCCCGGCCAUCAUCCCCUCCGCCCUCCUAGGCGUCGCCUUCGUCUUCGCCGUCAUCGAGCUCGGCCUCGGCGGCCAUAUCGCCUCCAUCUCUACCGGCUCCCGUAAAAUCCCCUUCUACGACCCCUCCAGCUCGUGGGGCUACUCCUACAAGACUAUCAAGUACUCCGUCCCAGGUAUCGUCGCUUUCCAGAUCUUCACCUCUGUGUGGACCAUGCUCGUCUCUGUCGCCGCGUUUCUUCUCCCCUGGUUCUUGCGCGUCAAGGCCGCCCCCGGAACACGGCUCAAUACGAUCAUCACAGGUGCGCUAGGCGGCGCGUACUUCGUGACAAUGGUGUUCUGGCUCGCGUGCUUUGCGGACAUCGCGACCAAGCUGGAUGAGUUGGGCGCUACGUCCGAUUACUAUAAUGCGGUAAUUGCAUUUGCGGUGCUCUCGUGGUUAGUUUAUUUUCUUCACACCCAUCUAAUUUACCCUCCCCCCCCCCCCCGGCCGGCGAGGUCGACGUGGCUAAUGCGAGUGAGCAGGCUGCUCUUUGUCGCGCUCUUCGUCAUCGUUGUUCUUGCCAUACUUGGGAUUCUGGAGUGUGACGCCCCUGGGUACGCCGGCAUGAGGAAGAGGGCUGCGACGCAGGCAACCCCGAUGCAAACAGUCGACGCAUAG